GGUGCAGACAACUUCCAUCAUAGUACUGUCACCUUGCUCUGUCAAUCGUCAAAAAGUUUCCAAAAAUUUCUGAUCACUUAAUUGAUUCACUAAUUUGGUGGAAGACCUUCGAAAAAUGAGCUUCUGCGAGACGAUAGCGUCGAUAGUUCCUUUAUUCAUCGCAUUGGAUUGUGAGCCCCACCCACCUCCCCCUCGUCACGAUGCCCUCUGUGAAGAUAGCACUGGGUACGUGAACAUGAAGGACAUUGGCGGUCAGCGUAUCGGGAAAGAUUUUCUCCAGAAUUCGUCCUUCACCUGCAUCAACCUCUCGGGAAACAACAUAACAGAAAUCGAAGAAGGUGCCCUCAACGGCAUGAAGGACCUAAUUUACUUGAAUCUGAGUGGGAACCAGCUGUCACCUGAAUUCCUGACGACUUUCAGCCACCCAAAGCUGAGAGUUCUGGUGCUUGACGAUGCUUUUGCUGAUGACUCUCUCCCCGAAGAUAUACCAAAGUCUCCAACAAUUCUCUCUGAAUUUCCAAAACUGCAGCAGUUGUACCUGCGUCGGAAUAAUCUGGAGGGAUUGAUUGUGCCAUCCUGGCACCUGAGUUUGCCCGACAUCAAACAACUCUAUUUGGAUGACAACCGACUUGAGUCCACGGAUUUUCUGACAGGAUUAUCUAGGAGCUUGACUCAUUUGUCUCUCGCCAACAAUCAUCUGUCAUUUUUCAAGACAGAAUCACUCGAUAAUCUCGAAGUGCUGAAUCUGGACAAUAAUCAACUCUCCAAAUUAUGUGAGAACGAGUCCUGCAGCGAAGGAGUUUAUUUAAAUAAUGCGACAAAUGUGCGAUUUCUCUCGUUGUCCAACAAUAAUCUGUCCAGGAUGGACCAAGGGGCAAUGAAGGAUCUGGUAAACGUGAAAUACUUGAAUCUAGCGAACAACUCCUUGUCCGAAAUUCCACAUUUAGCGUUCCAAAAUCUCACGAGUCUGUUCGAUAUUAAUUUAUCAAAUAACGGCUUACAGAAUAUUCCCGAUUUAUGUAAUUUAAGAAAAUUGAAAUUUUUGAACUUGAGCCAUAAUUUCCUUCUUAAGAGUAUAAAACGCGAAGCCUUCUGUGAUUUGCCAGAUCUGGAUCAGAUUGAUUUAAAAUACAAUGGAAUACCUGAAAAGUCACCUCAGAUCUUCUUCGAUAUUGUUUCCAAUUUGUCAUCUUCCUUUCAAAUAUAAUUUACCAUCAAACAGAAUAUUUUAACAUUACAUUUAUUGAAUGUACUUUCAAUAAUUUCAAUGCUACAUAAUAUUCAUUAAUUAUUGAAUAAAAGAAAUGAUCAAAUA